AUGGCGACAGCAUCCCUCCCUCCCCUCCGUCUCGCCAUCGCUUGUGACGAUGCGGGCGUUUCCUACAAAGACACCCUCAAAGCCCAUCUCUCGAACAAUCCCCUCGUCUCAUCCAUAACAGACGUCGGCGUUGCCUCCUCCACCGACAAAACCGCCUACCCUCACGUUGCCAUCCAAGCUGCCCAACUGAUCAAGGAGGGCAAAGUCGACCGCGCACUCAUGAUCUGCGGUACCGGCCUAGGUGUGGCCAUUUCGGCAAACAAGGUCCCAGGAAUCCGGGCGGUAACGGCUCACGAUCCGUUCAGCGUGGAAAGAGCCGUGUUGAGCAACGAUGCGCAGGUUUUGUGUUUCGGGCAGAGAGUUAUCGGAAUCGAGCUGGCGAAGAAAUUGGCCAGUGAGUGGUUGACGUAUCGGUUUGAUCAAAAGAGUGCGAGUGCGCGGAAGGUUGAAACUAUUUCUGAAUACGAGAAAAAGUUCGGAGAGGUGUAUUAG